AUGUCUGCAGGAGGUGAAGCAGCUGAUGUGGUGUACUGCCUGGCCCAGGAGCAGGACUUCCAGCAGGUCCUGAACAUCUGCACGCCUGAGGACUACAACGGGCUCGAUUACAUGGCCGCCUUCUUUCACCGCUGGCUGCAGGAGCCCGGACGCGUCGUUUUCAUCGCCCGGAUCGACCGCAGAGUGGUGGCGCUGGAGUCUGCGCUCCUGGUGGACGGCGGUCAGACGGCAGUGCUUCAGGGGCGCAGGGUGGUGUCCGAUCUGAGGGGCAGCGGCAUCGCCAGCGCCCUCCAGAGGCAUGUUACCAACUACGUCCGCCGCUACUACCCAGAAGUCUCUGCUGUGAGGCUGAGCCGAGGAGACAAUCCUUCAGUGCAGACGCUCGCCAAGUACAGGCUCAUCGCAAAGGAGGCCAUCUUGUCUCUGUGCUGUGAGGCGGUCGACCUGGGCUCCUUCAUCACUGAGCUUCGAUCCAAACUUCCACUCCGUGCCGACUCCUCCUGUGGUCCGGUCACGCUGAGCUGGCGGCAGGCGGAGACGCUGGUCCUGUCCGACCACGUGGUUUCCAACCUGCUGCCCGGCAAAACCGUCAUCAACGACUGGGAGCCCUUGAAGCCGGUGGAGGCCAACCUAGAGGUGCUGCAGCGCAGAGGCCUAACGUGGAUCGUAGACCGUGAGUUCGAGCCCGCUGCCCUCAGUCUGGGCACGCCACCGUACGCCGUACCCUACCGCCACAAUGCCAUGCGCCUCAACAUCAACAUCUUUGGCCGCACUCUGGCAUCGGUGUGCGCCGUGUUUCUGGCACAGCUGGAAGCUUUCCUGCCGAAUCUUAAAGGUUACCUGGUCUGCCACACCUACGUGGAUCCUGGGCUGUGGGCGCGGUUACGUCAGUUCUGUCAGAACGAUGCAAACGUGUCAUUUUUUAAGGACUACUGGGAGGAAGUCAUACUGGAGACAGACCUCUGA